AUGAUAACACAUCCCCUCGCCGGUCCGCAGACCCCGGGCUUGCACCUCCUCUACGUCCCCUCCGUCGUCGCUCUUAUAACCUUCCAGGGGUACUUCUCCCAGUACCUCUUCAACACCUCCCCCGAUCUACGUCCCGGACCUCUCACCUUUCGAGAGAAUGUAACUUUCAAUGCUCUCCUUCUCUGCCUCUGGUGGACAUACUACAAAGCCUGCACAGUCGACCCAGGCCGCUUCGUCUUCUCCCCCUCCUCGGACAAGAAGGAGGAGGACAAAGACGACCAAAAGCCAACCCAGAAUAAACGCUUCUGCAAGAAAUGCCAGGCCUUUAAACCUCCCCGAGCCCACCACUGCCGCCACUGCGCCCGCUGCAUCCCCCGUAUGGACCACCACUGCCCCUGGACCAACAACUGUGUCUCUCUCACCACCUUCCCUUACUUCCUCCGGUUCCUCCUCUACACCAACAUCGCCCUCGUAUACCUCUCGAGUCUCCUCUACACCCGCAUCAGCGUCAUCUGGUCCGACCGCCACCUCCCCUCCUACCUCGGCCCCUCCCUCUUCAGCCUCAUCUCGAUAACCCUCCUCUGUCUCGCCAACUUUGGCACCUUCUUCGCGCUGUUCAUCCUCCUCGUCACAACCCUCAAAUCAUGGGUCAUGAAUAUCACCUUGAUCGAAAUGUGGGAGCUCGACCGUCACAAUGCUCUGAUAUCCAAGAUAUCGUCCUCGUCGAGCAAUGACUAUUGGACUGACGACUUCGAUCCUGCCUCGCUGUCCCGGAUCGAGUUCCCUUACGACUUGGGAUUUUUCAGCAAUAUGAGCCAGGCGAUGGGGACUGCGAAUUUUCUCAGGUGGUUUUUGCCUGUUGGUGGCGGUGGUCCGAAGUUGGCUGAUCAAAAGAAGGGAGGGCUGGGGUGGGAGUAUGAGGAGAAUGGGUUUAAUGACUGGGAGGGGAUGUGGCCGCCACCCGAUAUGGAGAAGGAGAGGAGAGCUAAGCAGGGUGGGUGGGCGUAUAAGAAGCAGGGACAACAAGAAAUGCCUGAUGAUUACUAUUAUGGUGGGGAGGAUAUCAAGGCUGCUUUUGAGAGGAGACAGCAGGAGGAUUUUGCAAGGAGGCGGAGGAUACAGCAACUUCAAGGGCAGUCGGGGGUAAUAAGAGAGUUGGAAGAGGAUGAAGACGAGAGGGAGUGGACUGGGAAGACGGGGUGGAAGAACAGUGAUGGAGAUAGGCUGUGGGACUAUGGAGUUGAUGAGGAUGUGGAAGAUGACUAUGUUGCAAGAGAGAGGGUAGUGGGAGAUGGUGAUGAUGAUGAUGAUGAUGUACCACUUGCUGAGCUGAUACGGAGGAGGAAAGUGCUGGCAAAGCAGGAGGAUGAUACAUGA